UAUGAAUACUGCUCAGAAAUGUAACUGGGACAAACUGGAUAAGUUUUGUUCUGAUACUGUAGACUAAGUUGGAAACAGCAGCAGAGAAAGUCAUGGAGGAGAAGGCACCAUAAGGCUGCUAUGCUACCUCUUUCCCACAGUAGAGACUUCCCUGUCCAGCAGGAGAAGAAUUCUCCUUUUCCCAUCCUUUCCAAGAGGAGAGAGAGGCUGAGGGUGGGGCUGGGGCCAUAUUUGGAAUAACAGUAAUGAGUGGUGGGUAAAUUUUGUAAAGAGAAGUAGAAUUGACCAGGCUCAGAAGUGACUUUUCAAUCACUUGAUUCAGGGCCACCCAGAAGGGGGGGCAAGUGGGGCAAUAGGCCCCGGGCCCUGCAGGGCCCCCACGAGUAUGUCGGAGGCUCCCCCCACCUCCGUCAUCCCACAUUCCCUGGCGUCUCAGCUGGUAAGGGGGCAGGGCUGCGAGCUGUGGGCGGGAAUUCAGGCCCUCCUGGAGACAUCACGCUGCUGCAGCACUGUCUGGGGCCGCUCCUGGACGUGGUGGGCUGAGGCUCCGGGAGAGGGGGUAAGCGGCAUGCUCAAUGGCAUCCCCAAAGAGAUUGCAGGGUCUCACAGCAGCUACAAUCACUCCAAUGACUCCAGAUGGGCCAAACAUGCAGCUGCAAUAGGAGCCAGUGGUAUCGCUGGGAUCGCACCCUUUUUUUUCAAACCUACAAACAAAGAUACACUGGUUGCUUUCUUACGGGAAGUUGCAUCUGAAGCCCCUGGCAUUCCAUUUUAUUACUAUCACAUUCCUCCUUUAACAGGUGUAAAGAUUCGUGUUGAGGAGCUGCUGGAUGGUAUAAAAGAACAGAUCCCCACCUUCCAGGGGGUGAAGUUCAGUGACACAGACCUCUUGGACUUCGCACAGUGUGUGAAGAACAACAAAGAGCAAUUUGUGCUACUCUAUGGGGUGGAUGAGCAUCUGCUGAGUGCACUGGCAAUAGGAGCAUCUGGGGCAGUUGGAAGCACAUACAACUAUCUGGGCAAAAAAAACAACUUGAUGUUGGAGGCUUUUGCAAAGCAAGACCUUGCAUUAGCACAACGGUAUCAGUUCUGUACUGGAGAAUUUCUCAGCUUUGUAUUCAAACUAGGUAGGUGCUGCAAUAUCUUCCUUCCUCACUGUGUUGUAAAACAAGAACUGAAAAUCCAUGAGCUUCACUGAAGCUUCCAGGUCCCUGCAACAAGAGAAGCUCCCUUCUGAAAGGUCUUGUGCAAAGAGACCUCACAUCUGCUGUUACUGCUUGAGUUAUCAGCAGUUGGAAGUUCAAUGACUGAGCUGGUAAAGCACAUCCAGAAAGAUUCUACUCACUCUUCCCUCCUUUCUCCAGGCUCUCUGACAAAUUCCCCAACUUCAAAAAACAAUUUUUUUUAUCCUGACUAUCCAUUUUUCUUAAGUCCACUCUGUCACUCUUACUGAGUGUUCUCAAUCCCGGACAAGAUAAUAAAGUGCCCUGAUGACAAAGCAUGGGGGGCCUGAUUCUCCUCUUUUGUUGUGUGGCAAGGCACCUUCUCGGUCUCACCAGGCUCCGCUGCUUUUAGCCUUGGUGAGACAGGCUUGGAUAAAACAGUCCCUCUUGGUUGCACAGGGGAAGUCCGUUCCUUCUCUCCACCAGUCUUUUGGGAGGGAAUGCAGCCUCCCCUCCUGGUGAGGCUCGCUGUCUCACUGCACCUAACCUACUACCAGCAUGACUCCUUCUCUCCCUCCCCUUCUUCUCCCAACGGGGAGGGUGUAAAAGGGUCUCGGGCAGCCCUUAGUUGGAAUCAGCUGAUCCUAAUUGACCUCAAUUAGGGAGGAGAGGACAAUCAGGCCCAAGAAUCUAAACAUCCAUUUAUGAGAAGAAUAAGUGUUUUUACAUUGUAGGCCUACUCCCCUUGUGCUUUCAAAACUGUAUCUAUUGACUUUGCUGGCAAAAAUACAUGUUUUCUCCUGUUAACCCUGCAGAGCCAUCACCGCUUUGGGCGAGAGAGGCAGAUUCUUUCUGGUUUGCACAUAAUCAAGAGAAUGAUUAACUGAAUUCUAACUACAGAAUCUGUAUUACUUCUUUCAGAGUAGCAGCCAUGUUAGUCUGUAGUACUUCUGAUACUAUAUGUAAACCACAAAGGACAUGGUUGGGCUUUCGGUUCCUAGGUUGUUUGCUGGGCUGAGAGUUAGAGGAUACAUUUUAUCUAUAAAGAUUACCCUAAUUUGAUCUGGAAGUCCUGGAAAAACAAGUAUGGGAACCCUCCCAAAGCCACACUCUGAGUCACUUUUCAGAGCAUAAGCAUGCAUUACUAAGGAAAUAUUGUACUUGGGGCAUUUUGGAGGAAAAUAUGGGUAGCGAAGAGUGGUUUGUAUUGUAAUACAGGAUGGAUAUUAACUCUGUUUUCUGUCUGCAAACAUCACUUGCUGAUUACAUCUUUCUCCCUUGUGGGAAUUUAAACUCUGGCCAUAUUCUAGGGUUUCACAAGAGAUGGAAUAGUUGAUGCGGUUGGUAUUUUAGAGCCCUCUGUAGUGACUAUCUUUUAUUUAAGUGAUAUAUUUAAGUAACCUGCC